UUGUUCGAGAAGCCGCUUCACUCAGAUAUGUCACAAAAUGGAAGAAAUACUAUCACUUCCGUUUCAGCCGACUAUACAAAAAAAACUGAUUAAAACUUUACCUAAAAUAAAAAUAAAACUAAUUUAAAAUGUUUAUAAAAAUAAUAGUAUCUCAAUUAUACUAAAAACACUGUACACAUUAAAGGAAUGAGAACUUGGAAAAUGUGCUUGAAUGUCACGGAAUGCGAAAAAGAUCUAAAAAUAGCUUUGAUGUUCUGCAUUAAAUUGGGGGUGAAAAUGAAGCCUGAAUGCUGGGACGCUGCUGGCUCGAGGGGCUCUGUGAUCAUGUGAACACAGGAACAAGAGACUGGCCAUUGGAUGAGCACAUCUGACAUCCCUAAAGGGACCCUGGAUGCUGCGAGACACAGACGCGACAAGCACCAGCGCCGUUCUUCCAACAUCCAGGAGCGUGAACGCAAUGAAGUAGGUCAUUCACGCAUAGAUACGCACACAUGCAACCCCUCCCCUCCCCUCCAUCUCUCUCUCUCUCACACACACUGUACAUCACUGAUGACUGAACACACACACCAGCUCCUCUCUCCUCGUGCUCCAGCAGACCCUUCACAAAGAAAGCAGGAAACACUAAACAGGAGAGCAGAAAAGACUGGGAUUUUUCCACAUGAGCGCAGGACUGGAGAGCAAAGCUGAGGAUGUAGAGCGGUGUACAGUGUGUUUUGUUUAACAGAGCUCUGAUCCACACGUCCUUCAGGAGUGCUGAGGAAACUCAUUCUUUGUGAUUGAAAAUCAUGCUUUUUUGGAAGCACAACAAACGAGGAAUGAAUUCCUAGACGGCUGAGGUCCGGACGCGGCGUUUGGAUGCAGGAACAUGAGGGAGAGAGACAGCAGGGCACCAGCAGUGCCCAGGUGGGGGUUCUCGCAGUGGGACGGGGCAGUGAGACGGGCGGGGCUCCGGUCGAGGACAUGCAGGCGCUGUCAAUCACGUCUCUCUCCGCCUCUGAGGUAGAACAGCAGUAUGAGCUGAUCGGUGCUUUGGGGAAGGGCACCUAUGGCAAAGUCGACUUGGUGGUGCACCGGACACAGGGUACUAAACUAGCUCUGAAGUACGUGAGUAAGAACAAGACGAAGCUGCGUAGUUUUCUGCGCGAGUACAGCCUGACGGCGGCUCUGGGCUGUAGCCCGUUUAUCAUCAAAGUUCUGAACGUCCUGUUUGAGACGGAGGACAGCUAUGUGUUCGGCCAGGAGUACGCGCCUGCGGGAGACCUGUUCGACAUCAUCCCACCUCAGGCCGGUUUGCCGGAGGAGAUGGUCAAACGCUGUGUUCAGCAGCUGGGUUUGGCUCUGGAUUUCAUGCACAGCAAGAGUCUCGUCCAUCGUGAUGUGAAGCCAGAAAACGUUCUGCUUUUCGACCGCGAGUGCCGACGUGUGAAAUUGGCAGAUUUAGGAAUGACACGGCGGGCGGGCAGCCGGAUCAAGCGGAUCAGCGGCACCAUCCCAUACACUGCUGCUGAGGUGUGCCAGGCCUCGGUUUCGGAGGGCAUCAUCGUGGCGACGACCCAGGAUGUGUGGGCAUUCGGAGUUCUGCUCUUCUGCAUGCUCACGGGAAACUUUCCAUGGGAAGCGGCGUUGCCUAGCGACGCAUUCUUUUCAGAAUUUCAGCGCUGGCAACGGGGGGCGUGUCCUCCCGGCGCCGUUCCCUCCCAAUGGCGGCGUUUUUCUGACGAUGCGUUACGCAUGUUCGGUCGGCUGUUGGCGUUGGAGCCGGAGCGGCGCUGUGGGGUUAAAGAGGUGUUCUACUUCCUGAAAUACGACCUGCUGAAUCAUCAUCGCCGCAGAGCUUCCUGUAGGGCGCCUAGGGGAGGUUCCGCACGUUGCUCCGCCCACAGACACGCAGAGCCCUCUCCUCCUUCAGGCACUUCCUGUCUACGCCCCACCCCCCUCAAACGUAGCAUCCUGUCCGAACCACAUUCUUCAAGGGAAGAGUCCUCCAAAAGCCCGUCGCCCAACCGCCAAGACAAGAGUAAAGUAAUGAUGACCACUCCUAUUGAGAUUUGUGUAUGAAGCCAAAACUGGGUCUUGAAAGUGUACGGCUUUCACCGGACGGCCGGGAAACAGGUAGCAAUAUUACUUCAGGACUACUACUGGAAAAACGUUUGCACAAGAACGACAAGAACGCCAUAGGUGAUAAAGAACUAGCAAAACUAUUACAUGGUGACUUUGAAACCUCACUAAUUUAGAGUUAAAGACAAUCGACAGGAUCAAAACAACUUAUAGGUCACUUUAGCACUAGGAAAAACACUGAUUUUAACAUAACUGCUUUCAAUUUAAAGGAAUAGUUCACUCAAAAAAAGUCUUUCUUUUUUACGGAGCCCCUAAAUGGGCUUGAUGUGGGAAAAAUAUGAGAUGAGAGGGAAAAAAUAUUUCAAUGCUUUUGCGUUUUCUCUGAAAACUUUUGCAUUCCCUUGAGAAACUUUGCGUUCGCUCGCAAAGCUUUUGUGUUCCCCUGAGAAACUCACAAAGAACUAAAAACAUUUGCGAGCGAUUGCAAAGUUUCUCGGGGGAACGCAAACAUUUGGGAGAGAAAGCAAAAGCAUUGAAAUAUACAUUUUCCUCCCAUCUCAUAUUUUUUUCUCCCCAUAAUAUGUCCCUUUAGGGGCUUCAUACUUUCUUGUGUGGAACACGAAUGAAGAAAUACUGCACAACGCUUCAUAAUGUUUACUGUAGCUGUCAAGAUCGUGAAUUACAUCAAAGUACCAUAUUCUGAGUCCUCUAUAGCCAUACAUUAGAUUUAUGUGAGGAAAAGUCAAUGUUAACCAAAUAUCGCUUUUUUUUUGCUUCAAAUAUUGUGCAUCUUCACUGUCAGAAAAACAAUACCUCUAGCUUAAAAAUUGUACCUUUAGGGAUACAUCAGCUUGUCACUGGGGCAGUACCCGUAAAGGAACAACUGUGUACCCCUAAAAGGUGUAUAUUAGUGCACAUUACUUGUCUAAGGUACUAAUAUACCCCUUUUAGGAGUAGAUAAGGUAGAAAGUUGUCCCUUUGAGGAAACUGCCCCAGUGACAAGCUGAUGUAUGUACAAUUUUUACACACAUUUUCUAAAAGAGAAGAUGCAUUGCGCCUGGUCAUUGACAAAGUUUGAUGUAUCUUGAUGUGCUGUAUUUGAUUUCAAUGAUACUGCAUAAGGGAAAUACUUUCAACUCACAUUUUAGUCAAAGCUGAUGAACGUGUGACUUUACAAGACUUAGAAUAUAGUGUAUAGACUACUUUUGUACUGCUUUUUUGUCCUUGAAGCCAGUGUCAUUUUAGUAUCACUUUAGUCAUUUUUCUUGUGUUUUCGUCAUUUAUUGUUUUUUUUUUAAAUGUCUAUAGUUUUAGACUUUUAAUUUUUAGUUUUAGUUAUUUUAGUACUUUAAAUGAAAAUGAGAAAUGUUUUUUUUUAUAUAUUUUAUUUUAGUUCUGUCAUGACAACUCUCAGAGAGAUUGGCAUGGUAAUGGAUAUGGCAAUGUUAAUGUAUUUGGUCUUGGUGGAAUAGAUCUGCUAUGCCGCUGCUGCAGAGCAAAUACCGUGACUUGCUAUUGCCAGUACAUUCACAGACAUUGCUGUGAGCAAGUAAGACAUGUUGCUGCUGCACAUAAAACAUACAUGAAAUAACCCCCGUAGCAGAUCUAUACAGGUGGAGCUGGGGAAGGUGGAGGUUUCUGAAAGCGUGCUAACAGCAAACAAUGCCAAGCUUUUGAAUGUUGAGCCGCAGCUCAUUGGCCGCUAAUGCAGCAGCAACCAAUCAGCUGCGCUAUGUAGAUAACGAUGUGAUCACUACCAAAUUGAGUUAAGGACCCAUCAGCCUGUGCCAUCUAGAGUUUUAUGACAGAACUAGGUAUUUAAUGUUUAUUUUAUUUCUAUUAAUGACAUUUUUUUAUGGUUUUAGUUUUAGUUAAGGAUAAUAACCCUGCUUGGAGCUUGUUUAAUGAAAUCAAUUGUCUGGUAAUGACAUGAUGGAGAGUAAAUGAUGUUGGGUGAACUAAACCUUUAAUGCAAUGUGGCUUCUAAGAUUGCACGAUUAUUUGGAAUAAAACCGAAAUCGCAACAAAUCUCCUUUUGUGGACCAUAAAAGAAAGAAAGGCAUACGGCAUUAUAACAACAGCAGGGUGAGUAAAUGAUGACUUAAUUUUCAUUUUAGGGUGAACUAUCACUUUAACUUUUCUAUAGUGCACUGAAACUUGGCAAACAGAAGUACACUGAAGAUACUGAACACCAUCUUUUCUUUGCGGAGGCUCAUCAUCAUGUGACUUUCAAACCAGCCUAUGACAGAAUCAUACAUGUGCGCACCAAUAGAGGAAUAAGAUAUAUUUUAUACUGGAUUUUUUUAGUUUUAAGAGACAGCUGGAUGAUCCACGAUGACCCGGAGGCUGCCUAGAUGAACUUCCCCAUAGACACAGGACUUUUUAAUCAGUCUUCAAAGCUUCCUCUGCGGAGUUUAAGAGUAAAGGCACAGUCUCCAUGGAUCACAGGGAUUUUAUUAUGUCUCUUUGUAUUUGAUGUGCAUUCAAACACCUUUCUAUGAGAUUUUUGAAGAAACGCAUCAGGAGUAGUGAUCUUAACGGCUCAACUGAGACCCGUCUUCUGUGUUCUCGUAUAAUGGGUCAAUUAGGUAAGCAAAGCCUCAAGGGAUCAUUCAAGAACACGAGAGCAUCUGCUCCCUAGAACAUUGUGACUGUGUUUUGUCAGGUAGUGCUAAUUUGUAGCUUAUUUUGUAUCAGAGAACAAACGAUCAAUUAGCUAACUUCUACAGAGACUCUUUUUAGUCUUAAAUUAAAGUGUAUGUUUACAUAGGAUGCAUUAGAUAUUGAUUUAGGUGGUAUAGAGCAGUUAAUGUUAAUGUUUGAGGUAUGUUGCACAUUUUAUCAUCAAAAACAAACUCAAGAACAGAUGAAAAGAAUAUGACACUUAAUCUGAAGGAGUUCUCUGUUGUGGCUAGUAUGAGAUGAUAGCAAUCAUAAAACAGUUUAAUGGUGAUGGAUUUUGCUCUUUUUUAUAGGACUGUUUCAUGGUAAUAAGGGUUCAAACGACCUUAGAAUAUCGACCUACAAUAGUUGGUGUUUUUUUAUUUAAAAAAAGAGUAAAUAUAUAUAUAUAUAAAACUAGAUGUUAUUUAGCUGCUGUAAGGAUUGUCAUACAGUCGUAGAUUGUUCUGAAUGAUAAACAGCUAAUUAAACAGAUUAAAUGCACAUUAAAAUGCCUCUACCUGUUUUUGUUGUUGU